AUGCACUCACACCAUUCACAUUCUGGUGACUACAGUGCACACGGUACAGACCCUUUGGAUUCUGUAGUCAAUCAAGUUAUCAACCUCAACUUUCAUACUUACUGCUUGACAGAGCACAUCCCAAGAAUUGAGCGCAAGUUCAUAUACCCUGAAGAACUGUCAUUAGGCAAAACCCCAGAGGAAAUCAUUACCAAGCUAGAAACAUCGUUUAAGAAUUUCAUGAGUCAUGCGCAAGAGAUCAAGGCUCGUUAUACUGACAAACCAGAUGUACGUACUCAAUUCAUUAUAGGAAUGGAGAUUGAAAGUUGUGACAAGAUCCACAUCGAAUAUGCGAAAAGAAUCAUGAAGGAGAAUAGCGAUAUUUUGAAAUUUUGUGUGGGUUCGGUCCAUCACGUCAACGGGAUUCCUAUUGAUUUCGACCAAACACAAUGGUACAAUUCAUUACAUUCUUUCAACGACAAUCUGAAAGAUUUUCUACUAUCUUACUUCCAAUCACAGUACGAGAUGCUCACGAACAUAAAGCCCCUAGUCGUGGGUCACUUUGACCUUUACAAAUUGUUUCUGCCCCCAAAAAUGCUGGUAAACCAGAAAUCGGGCCAAUGUAACGAAGAAAGUGGAAUUCCUGUAGCUUCAUUAGACGUCAUCAGCGUAUGGCCAGAACUGCACGAUGCAGUCGUAAGAAAUUUACAGUUUAUAGACUCUUAUGGUGGUGCUAUUGAGAUUAAUACGUCAGCACUAAGGAAGGGCCUCGAGGAACCGUACCCUAGCAAGACCUUGUGCAAUCUGGUUAAGAAGCAUUGCGGAUCAAGAUUUGUUUUAAGUGAUGACGCACAUGGUGUGGCGCAGGUGGGCGUGUGCUACGACAAAGUAAAGAAAUAUAUAGUGGACGUGCUACAGUUGGAAUAUAUUUGCUACCUUGAAGAAUGCCAAUCAUCGCAGAAUGGAUUAUUUAUAAAGAGAUUACCCAUUUCAGAGUUUGUUAAUGAUCCCUUCUGGGCCAAUAUCUGA